AUGACUCUUGAAGAACCAAAGAUCGAAGAUAUCUCUGUUGACGAUAUCGACUUCUCCGAUUUGGAGGAGAAGUACGCUGUGCCAGAGGAUACUACAUUUGAGCGUUUUGUCGUUGUCGAUGGCUGUCCAGUUGCGCCUGAGGCUAAGGUUCCGGUGUUGACCAAAGUGUUGACCAAGUUGUUGUCCCAGGCUGGCACCGUUGUGAGCUUCCACAUGCCCUUGGCAGAUGGGAAGACCAAGGGGUUCUGCUUUGUUGAGUAUGAAUCGCAACAAAACGUUGACAAGGCCAUCAAGGCCUUGAACGGUAAGAAGUUGGAUGUUAAGCAUCGUCUGUUCCUUAACAGAUGGAAUGACGUUGAAAAAUACGCUAUUAGUGGUAACAUCACCGAUGAGUUUGUUGAGCCAACCCUCCCACCGUUCCAAGAGACUGAUUAUUUGAAAUCUUGGUUACAGGAUGAGGCUGGACGUGACCAAUUCUUGUUGCACAAGAACGAUACCGUCGGUGCCUUCUGGAAUAAGAAGAAACAUGCUCCAGAGCCAGUCAUUGAGCCAAGAGUCGGCUGGACUGAUGGUUUCAUUAAAUUCUCACCAAAGGGUCAAUACGCCUUCUCCAUCCAUCCUCAAGGUAUUCAGUGUUGGGGUGGUAAGGACUUUAAGAAUUUGAAGAGAUUCUCACACCCUAAGGUUCGUCUGAUCGACUUCUCUCCUUCAGAGAGAUACCUCGUUACACUGUCCCCAGAUCCAAUAGUCCUCCCACCAGAAGAUCACCCAAAGAGGGCCAGUUUCCCAUUCGGUCCAGAAUCUGAAGGCCAUAAGCUGAUUAUUUGGGACAUCGCUACUGGUUUGCCAGCACGUACCUUUGCUCUCCCACCACACUUGGAGAAGGUUAAAGAAAUGGUUUGGCCAUUGAUCAAGUGGUCUUACGACGACAAGUACGUUGCCAGAAUGGGUCCAAAUGCCUUGGCCAUCUACGACACAGCUGACAACUUUUCUCUGUUGGAUAAGAAGCCUGUCAAGAUUGAUGAUAUUGUUGACUUUGAAUGGGCUCCUGCUGGUGUCAAGUUUGCCAGCAGCAAACAAAAUGAUCCAUUGGCUCAUGUUUUGGCCUAUUGGACACCAGAAAGUGGUAACCAGACUGCUAGAGUGGCAUUGUUUGAAGUUCCAACUAAGAAGGUUUUGAGAACUAUCAACUUGUUCCAGGUCUCGGACUGUAAGUUGCACUGGCAAGACAAGGCCGAAUACUUGGCUGUUAAGGUGGAUCGUCACACUAAAUCCAAGAAGACAAUCUUUAGUAACUUGGAGUUCUUCAAACUCAACGAGAAGGAGAUUCCAGUUGAAAAAAUUGAGCUCAAGGACCGUGUCAUUAACUUCCAAUGGGAACCAAAUGGAGAUAGAUUUGUUGUUAUUUCCAAACCAGAAGUUGUUGGAGCCAACCAAACAUUUGUUAAGAACAAUGUUGAGUUUUAUGCACCAGAGAUCACCAAGGACAAAGCUAGUGCAUUGAAGAAGUGGAUCUGCUUCAAGACCUUGGCUGAUCAAACCUCCAACACCCUGAAAUUUGCUCCAAAGGGCCGUUUCCUUGUUGUUGCACGUAUUGGUGGUUCCAAGGGAUUCCUGGAGUUCUACGAUUUGGACUACAACGGUGAAAAGUCUGAGAAUGAGAACGUUGCUGCCAACGUUAGACUCUUAGCAUCAGAUGAGUACGGUGGUAUGACUGAUGUGGAAUGGGACCCAUCUGGAAGAUUCGUCGCUGCUUGGUCCUCCAUCUGGACCCAUAAGAUUGAAAAUGGUUACAGACUUUUCAACUUUGCCGGUGAGUUGUUGAGAGAAGAACUGGUUGAUGGAUUCAAGGACUUCAUCUGGAGACCACGUCCAGCUUCUCUCUUGACAGGUGGUGACAAGAAGAAGGUCAGAAAGAACUUGCGUGAGUACAGUGCCCAAUUCGACGAGACCGACCUCAUGGAGGAUUCCUCCUCUGCCAGAGAGUUGAUCCUGAAGAGACGUCGUCUAUUGGAGGAGUGGACCGCAUUCAGAGCAAACGUUGCAGCCCACAAGGAGCAAUACGGUAUCGUGGAGGUUUCCCAUGACAACGAGGACCUCGAGGUUAUUGAGGAAAUCAAAGAGGAGGUGUUGAAGGAGACUGAAGAGAUCGUUGAGUAA